AUGUUAGUAACAUAUAAAUCAAACGUAACUAUCGAGGAUACAGAUCGUCAUUCAAGCUUUUUUUUUAAUUACAAAAAUUUUCCAGAAUUAUUUUUCUCAUUUGAUGACUUCUAUAACUCUACUCCGCAUCUCCCAUUAUCACUUACAUUAACUCCUCCAUUAAACUUAGAUGUUGAUUUCGUUAAACAAGGUCAAGAAUAUAUUGAUUUUAUGUCGGUUUUCACAGAACAUGAUUUUUGUAAGCCAUUUCUCGAAAAAAUAUUCUCGUAUUUAUCUUAUAAAGACAUUGCGUCGAUGACCACUGUGUCUAAAACUUGGCGCAAAGCGGUUUCAAAAUCUGCAAAUGCUCAAAAAGAGUUGGAAAAAGUUUUUAUACACGCAAUUUUAUAUUUUUGUCAUAAGAAUGCAAAUGUAACUGAUGAAUACAAGCAAUUGUAUGAUAAGAUUUUAAUACAUUUUAAAAAUCAAAUACAGUUUAAAAAAAAUGAUUUUUAA